CGUUCGUGGAACAGUGGAACAUUUCGAUUAUUGGCAGACUCGGAGAACUGAGUCUCCUCUCGCAAUCAGUGAUGGAACGUUUCGCCAACGAUGAUCUUCGUUCGAUCCCUUCUAAGAAAAUAGGAUAAGAAAACCGAUUGAAAUUCAUCGUGCGGACGUCUGACGACUCAUUGUCAAUUGUUAAUUUAAUAAAAAAAAACGACGUGACGUGGUGAAUAUCGUGAGGUGUUCGAGGGAUCUAAUUCUGCGGGAAUUUGUGGUGUAGCGUUGAAAUUUUCAAGCUCGGCAUGUCGGUACCUGUACGUCGCGGCCAAUGGAACGUUCGGGCGUCUGACAUCGCGAGGAACACGCACAACCCCAUAAGAUCGAUCGUGGAGAGCCUCGUGGUCGAGCCUAAUCCUGCCAAGUCCAUGAUCUCGUUGUCUAUCGGUGAUCCAACUACUUUCGGCAAUUUGAGACCACCGAAAGAAGUAAUCGACGCUGUCCAGCAAAGUCUCGUCUCUCAAUUAUACAACGGAUACGCGCCCAGUACAGGCCACCAGAGGGCGAGGGAGGCUGUGGCAGAGUACAGCUCCAACGAGUUGGCGAAGGUAGACGCAAAGCGGGUACUUUUUAUCUUUGAAGAAGAAAAAGAGACACCAACCUAAAAGAAAGGAACUAUG